AUGCAAUAAUACCUAAAGGAUUUAUUUCAUUUAAGACUAGCAGAGUUAUUAGACCAUUUAUACUUUCAUGACACAAAGUCUUCGAUAAACAUUGUAAUAGUGGCGAUAUUUUUGACAUAAAAAUUAAAUCUCGUAUUUUGGCCAUCAAAUUACCAUAGAGAAAAUUCAGAUGUAUAUAUAAUGAUAUUUCUUAGGAGGUCUACUUAAAUAUUUGCGGAUAACUUUUCUCGUGGAUCACAUUUUAAAAACCACUAGAAAUAAUAAACUCAAACUAAUUAAACAUUAUUAUUAGUAUUAUAUACACAUUUUUGCAUAUUACUAUGCUUGCAGUUUUCACCUUUUCUCUUUAUAACUUGAAAAUAAUUUCAAAAUUGUUUACAAUAUAUAUUUCAUACUUUUAGUUGAUAAUCUUAUAUCAUACUGAAAUGCAUCACUUAAAUUAAUAAUUUGAUUUAUCAUUAACAAUAAUAAUUUGUAUACCGCCUUACAUUAACUAUUUAAUUAUUGUAUAUUGUUCUCGUAACUACUUUAUCAUUUCAUAAUAACAUAUGCUUAGGAGAUACUCUUUAUAUAAUUAUUUUAUGGUACUUGCCGAUUUUUUAUAUUUUAUAACAUUUUCUCAAUUUAAUUCUGACUAUGUUUCCAAAUAUUCAUUAUUACUAUUAUCAGUUGUUUAUUUUAUAGAUGCAAUUCUAAUGUAACCUUAUUGUAUAAAGAUCAAUGUAUUUAUUCUCUUAAUAUUAUAGUUGUUUUAUAUUGGAGCAACAGGAGUUCUUCUAGUAUCAGUUAUAAUAAAAAUAGUUCUUUGGGAAAAGUCUUUAUAUACUCAAUUUUAUGGGAUAGUGAUAUUAGUUCCUCUUUGUUCAUAUAUCUUUAUGUAAAUUUAUUUAAUAAUAUCGGAUGAUAUAUUUUAAUAAAAGCUUUCAAUAUCUUUAAUAUUAUAUUUAGGUGAAAUAAUUAACCACUACAAUUAAGUUUCAAUUUAAAAGGGUGUUGGAGAUUAUAUUAUAAAAAGAUUUUUAGAUGUAAACGAAUUAAAUGCUUUUAAUAUAUUUUAAUUGUUAGAUCUUUAUAUAAGAAAUGAUGAUAAAAAUGCUAAUGAUGAAGAAUUAUAAUUAUAUCGAAUCCUUUUGAAGCAUGAAAUUCACGGAACUUAUCUUUAGAGUCUUUUAGAAACAAAAAGGAAUUUAAUGAAAAAUAAAAGUCAUUCAAUAUUUUUUAAAACUAUAGGUUUUUUAAUUAGUAAAAAAUAUGAUUAACAAAUUAAAGAUUUAUAUUCUGGAGAAUAAAAAUCAUCUUAACAUUAUCAUUAUUAAAUUAUUAAAAUCAAAGAGGCAGAUAAUCUAUUCUAAAAUAAUAUCAAUUUAUUUUUCAAUUUGAUAGAGUAAAAAGUUUGGAUUUGGGAUUAAUUAUAAAAAGGAUAUGAAAAUAUUGAGAAUUGUGUAAAUGACAUAAAAUAAAUGUACUAGAUUCUUAUAAAAUUAAAAUCAUAAUUAGUUUCAAUAAUAUCAAAUGAUGAGAUAGAAUCGAUUCUAAAAUUAUCAACUUUAAAAAGACUUAAUUUUGUAGAGUUAAGAUAUUUAUCACUUUUCUUUUCAUAUAUUUCAAAUGAUUAUUAAUAAACAAAAGCUAUUGAAACUCAUAUUGAAGAUUUAAUUAAAUAAGAAAAUAAUUAUUCAAAUUCAACAUUUUUGAAUUCAAAGAUUAUGAAUAAUGAUCUUAUCAUAAUUAGUUCAAGUAUCUUAGAAUAAACAGGAUAAAUAAUUAAAUCAAAUACUGAAGAAAUUAGUAGAUUUUUUGGAUAUGAAGAAACAAUAAAAAAACAAAAUUUAACAACAAUUAACUUAUUUAUGCCAUAAUUUAUUAGUCAAGAUCAUGAUAUUUUUGUUUAAAAAUUUAUAAAUAAAGGUAAUUCUAAUUUAUACAAUAAAGGAAAAUAAGUCUUUUGUAAAGAUUAAGAAGGUUUUAUAUUUCCAAUUAUUUUAAGUUUUUUACACAUAAAUGAAAAAUCAGAAGAUUUUGUAUUAACAAGUGCAUUACAAAAAGUGCAAUCGAAUUAAGAUUAUAUUCUUUUUGAUUGGAAUGGAAAAAUUUUAGGAAUUUCUAAAUAUGUCUAUUAGCUGUUAAUAAAUAAUCAUAGUAAUACUAAUUAUAGUACAACUUAAUCAAUGUUUUCAUAAGUGGAUUUAUCUAUUUAUGAAUGUUACAUAUAAUUUUGGAUCCCUAAUAUAAUUUCUCUAAUUCAAAAAUAAACACUUGAUCAUGAAUAAUUUAAUAAAGUUAUGAUUGAAAUAUCAUUACAAACUAACUUUCUGUAAUAUUUACAAUUUUUUAAGUAAUAUCGAUAAAUUAAUCCUAAUUUUUGUAGAGAUGCUUAUUAUUUUGAAGAAUUCUUAUAAUAUAUUGAUGAAGAAAUACCCAAAAAUUCAGCUUUGAAUAUAAAAAUCUAAUUUGAAAUUUUUAUAUAAUCUCAUAAUUUACCUACAGAUUAGUUAUAUUAUAUUUGCAGUAUGUCUAAAUAACAAAAAGAAGUCUAAUCUAUGGUUAGUUUUGACAAGACAGCAUUAACUUAAUAAAUUCAAUUUCCUAUUAGUUUAACAUCUCCAAAAUUUAUAACAGAAAUAGAAAAAAUAAAUGAUGAUUUCUCAUAGACUAAGAGAAUGUUAGAAAAAUAAAUUUUAUUAAUUAAACAUGGAUAAAAAGAUAAAAGUGAAGAACUAAUCUUUUCCAAAAUUGAGAGUUAAUUGGCUAUAAAUAAAGUAAAUAAAAGCAUUGAAAAAUUAAAAAAAAAUGAAAUAUAAGAAUUUGAUGAUUAAAAAAUUUCAUAAUCAAGUCGUUAGUCAAGAAAUUCUAACUUUUAAGUUUAAGAUUAAAUAAGAUAGUUAUAAAAUAAUCAUAGAUUUUGUUUUUCAAUUAAAAAAAUUUGGAUUAUCACCAUAUUCUUUUAUGUUAUAAUGUAUUUUUUAGUCUUUUUAAUGUUAAGGAUUUUAUCAUAGUAAUUAUAAUUAUUAGAAUAUGAUAUUGAAUUGGUUAGGAUUCCUGAUAAAUUCAAUCGUUUAUAUUGUUCAUUUGUUACUAUUGGAUAAAUGGAUUUAGAAAGAUCACUUUUGGGUAAAGAAUAUGGAAAAUACCUUAAUUAUAGAAUUGUCAAUCAUGGAAAAAUUAUAAGAGUUGAAAUGGAAGAAAUGAUGAUUACUUUAAAAAACAAAUUCUCAAUUUUAGAAAAUGAAUAAAGACUAUCAAAUUUAACUGUUAGAUUACUUAAUCAAUUUACUUAUUUUGAAACUGAAUUUACAAUGAUAUAAUUUGAUAUGAUUGCCGAUUCUUAUACUCAACAAAUAUAUCAGUACAUAAGUUAAGUAAUAAUUUAUUCAUAAUCUAAUCACUUUUCUAUUAUUGAUCAAUACUUCAAACUUUAAUUUUUAAAAGCAAAUCUGGCUAACUAAAUAUCUGCUUCGUAAAAUUUAAUUAAUGAAAUUAUAGUUGAAAUUUAAAAUUCUUAAUAGAUGACUAGAAUUAUACUAUUUAUUUUAUUGAGUUUCUAGCUUACUUUUUUAGUCGGGUGCAUUCUUUGUAUAGUACAUUUAUGGAAAUAACCUUUUGGAAUUGUUUUAUUGUAAAUCUAAUUGUUAAGUUAAUUAUCUGAUAAAUAAAUUAAAACUAGUAUAAGUGUUGCUAAAUAAGCAAAAUAAAUUAUCAAUCAUUCAUAUAUGUGGAAAAGAACUAAUUAUCUGAAUUAAUAUUAUAAUAAAACUUAAAAUAGGGAACCAUAAGAUAUUUUUAUCAAUAUUUAAAAUAAUUUAAAAAAUAAUAAAGUUAAAAAUAUAAGAAUGAUUGAUUAUAAAUUUAAUCAUUUAGGUAUUUAUCUGAAAAAUUUACUUUAUUUUCUACUAUUAUUAAGUUUUAUAUUAUCAAGUUUCUUUUAUAUGAAAAAGGGAAUAGAUACAAGUUAAUCAGAAAUUCAAUUAACAAUAUAGUAUGUUUAAUUUAAAUAAGAUUUAGAUUCUUUAAUGAUUUUAAGUUAAUUAUUAAAAACUAAUUCAGUUUUAUCUGAGAGAGUUAGAGAAUUAGGUUUUUUAGACUAAAACCCUUAACUUUUAGAUCCAAAUAAAUAUUUUAAUAUUUUGGAAUAAGAAUUAUUACAAAAAUUUUAUCAAAAGCAAUAAUUGGCUUAAAGUGUCAAUUAAAUAAUUUAUCAGGAUAUAGUUAAUUCUAAAAAAAUAUCUUAAACUGAUAAAGAAACAUUAUAAACUUUAUACUAAGAUGAUUUAUGCUCUGUAAUUGCUGAUUAACUUCCAUUCUGUAAUUUUGAUAAUAACUAAUUUAUAAAUUUUCCAGAUUAUCCUAUGCCAAGAAAAGAAGAUAAUAAUAGAGAGAUUUUUAGGGAUGGAAUCAAUGGGAUUUUUUAAAGGUAAAAUUAAUUUAAUACAUAGAUUGACAGCCAUUUUUAAUUCUUAUUACGAAUUAGAAUUGUAAGGCAAAAAAAAUAAAAAUGAAACUGAAACAUACUAUUUCUUAAAAACCCCUGAGUUUUAGCUCUAUAUUUUAGAGUACUUUUUUGAUGUUAACAAGGCUGUUGUUAAAUUUUUUUCAACAAUUUUAGAAUCCACAACUAAAAUACUGUAAGCUGAUUAUGAAAAUUCUUUAUUUUUUUAUUUGGCCUUUGGAAUAUCAGUUUUAAUUGUAUAAGGUACUUUACUAAUAUACAAUUUAUCAUAAUUAUAAGAAUUAGUAUCAGCUUGUAAAUUUGCGUUUAUAUUGAUGCCAAUUGAAUGUUUAAAUGAAACAAAAUGUUUAGCUAUAAUCAAAUAAAUUGUAAAAUAGUAUGAUCAAAGAUGA